AUUAACAUUCACUCAAACAAUGUAUAAACGACACAUGAAUUCAUUCUCCACGUUACAAUAGCACCAAAACACCUUAAUGGUGGCUUAGCUCUUAUUAGUAGUGUUAAAAUUACACACAAAGCUCCACACGCACAAAAGCCACCAACUUUGAUUCACAAAUUAACACUUAGUAUUCAAAAAGGUUUUUUCUUUUGCUAUUACUACUCCCACCCCCUAUAUAAACCAUCCCUUCUUUUGAUCACUCCUACAAGUCCAGAUUCAGAUCCUAAAGAAUCUUUGUGAAGAUGGAUAUUAAUGAGUGGGUAAUCCUUUCUGAUGAUGGCUUUCUAGAUGGUGAUGAGAAACAAAUUUUCUUAGGAAAAAGAAACUCAAACUCAAUUAGUGUCUUUGACAAGGAUUACUUUUGCACCUCCCCAAAAUCAAGAAAAAACAUUGAAUCAUUAAAGGUGCCAAAACAAGUUGUCCAUGUUCCAAUCCAAUUUGAACCCAAUAUUGAGAAGGUUCCAAAUGAAGAUUUAGUGGAAGAAAAGAUUGAGAAAAUCAAAGUCCCUCAAAUAGGAGAAUCUGAUCAAGAGAGUGUUUCACAAGUUUUCUUUCAUAUGAAGGAAAAUAAUAUUUUUGACAUGAAAUUGGACUCACCAAAGUCUAGUGAGGACAUGGCAUCUCCUAGAAUGAAGAAUAUGGAGAAAGAAAAGGUUGUGAUGAUGGAGUAUGAUGAUGAGAAAGAAGGAGAGGACAAUAUAAUGAAUAGUGGUUUUAACUUGUGGAAGUGGAGCUUGACAGGAGUUGGAGCUAUAUGUUCUUUUGGUGUUGUUGCUGCCACAAUUUGUGUCUUGUUCUUUGGAAGCCAACAAAAGAACAACAAAUUACAGCAAGACCAACAAAUUAGGUUCAAGAUCUACACUGAUGACAAGAGGAUUAAGCAAGUGGUACAACAUGCAACAAAAUUGAAUGAAGCAUUUGCAGCAGUAAGGGGUGUUCCAUUGAGCAGAGCUCACAUAACUUAUGGUGGUUACUAUGAUAGUGUUUGAGUCAUUGAUUUUGUGCCGUGAUGAAACUUUUGGAUGUUACAAAUGGGUCAACAAUGUGCCAUAAUCUUCUAUAGUGACUAUGUCAUAUAGUUAAUUUAUUGAUCAAUGUAAAUUAAAAAAAUUGAGAGAUGGUCUUAUGUAAAUUAAGUUACGGAUUAAGGUCCCUUUUAUUCAUAGUUUUUUAUAGUUUGGGAAUUGAAAGGUUAAAAAGUUUGUAAGAUUGUUGCCCCAAAUUAAAAAUUCAAAGUUCUAAUUAAUAAUGUUAUCGAAGUUGUUAGUCAUGUUAAACACA